AAGUGAUAUAAAUAAAAUAGCGAUAAAUAUGAAAACCCUGACUCUGGUCAGUGGUCACUCCUACACCCUGUGGAUAAACCGAAAUCGAAAGAAGAGAAAAAUGGCGGUUGCUUUUCGGUGUUUAUCGUGUGCUCGGAGUGACCCUUUCCUCACUCUUCCUUUCCAACGGAAACCUCUCUUUUGCUCCGUUCCUCUUCCCUCUCGUGCUCGUAACCUCUGCUCUUCAAUUGUUGCUGCCUCUUCCAAAAAGAAAAACAAGAAAAAAUUGUCUCCUCAUCAUGUUACUGAGGUUGACGACGAGGAUGAGGAUGCAUUUGAGCUGCUCUUCAAGCAACUCGAAGAAGAUCUCAAACGCGAUGGUUUAUCAGAAGACGAAGAUGAGAUAACUGAAGAAGACAUGGCAUUGCUUGAACGUGAGUUGGAAAAUGCAUUGGGGGACUUUGAUGCUGAACUGUUGAACUCCGAUGUUAUAGACAUAGAAACUGGUAGCGACCCAGAAGAAGAAGAAGAAGAAGAAGAAGAAGAAGAAGAAGAAGAAGAAGAAGAAGAUGAUGAUGAUGAUGAUGGUGAUAAUGAUGAUAAUGAUAAAGAUGAUGGAGAUGAAAAGUCACUGAAGCUUAGGAACUGGCAGAUGAAGAAAUUAGCUAGAGCUUUAAAAGCUGGCCGCCGUAAAACAAGUAUAAAAAAUCUUGCUGCUGAUCUUUGUCUUGAUAGGGCUCUUGUUCUUCAAUUGCUUCGUGAACCUCCUCCAAAUCUUCUAAUGAUGAGUCUAUCAAUACCUGAUGAACCCACAACAACCGUAGUAUCACUUGAAACUAAGCCCAGAGAGAUUGUUCAUAUCGAAACAAGUGUUGAUCAUGCAGAAUCUGGACCCAAGGCUAAAGUACCUGUUCAUACCUUGCAACGUAAUUGGUAUGCUCAAAAGAGAUUGAAAAAGGCCCAUGUUGACACUUUGGAGAGAGUUUAUAGGAGAUCAAAACGACCCACUAAUGCAAUGAUCAGCAGCAUUGUCCAUGUAACAAACAUUCCUCGAAAAAGAGUUGUCAAGUGGUUUGAAGACAAGCGUGCUGAGGAGGGAGUUCCAGAUCGCCGUCUGCCUUACCAGCGCUCAGUUCCUGAAACUGCUUGAAAAUCGUAUCUUCUUUAAUCUGUUUUUCUGUUGUAGGCUAUGUAAUAAAUGUUAUAAUUGUAUAGAAAGUUAGGCUUCACGAAUCCUGGUCCAGUUUUGGGGUUUUGUUAUGCGAGGAAGUAGAAAUGGUGACAAAAGUGUUAUUAGUUAUGACACUGGCUAUUGAAAAUGGGGCUACCGAACCCUGAUACGUUGUGCUUUUUUGGUCCUUUGCUCCUAAUCUCAAAUACUCAAUAAGUUGUCACAGAAGGGGGGUUCUCUAAUUCGUUGUCUUGUAAUAUAUUUUUUGUGUGCGAGAUGAAUAUAAUUUUUUCUUGAGCUUUA